AUGGACAGUCAAUAUGAAACGAAGGAGCUCAGUAUCCAGAUUCGCGCGUCGAAAUGCGUGGACAAGUAUCCGGCAAAGUCGCAUGCAAGAAGAAUUGCAGAGAAGCUCGGGAGAGAUCAUGGCCUCAUUGUUCUCGCGGCGACGAAGGCUGCCAACUGGCCCAACUCCGACAUGCCCGCUCCAUUCCGGCAGGAUCGAUACUUCUAUUACAUGACUGGAGUCAACGAGCCCGACUGCUUUGUUUCGUACAGCAUUGAAGACGAUGUUCUUACACUAUGGCUACCACCAAUCAAUGAGGAUCGUGUACUGUGGUACGGAAGGGGGAGUACUACCGAGGAGGCAAUGGAGAGGUAUGAUAUCGACGACGCUCGAUACCUCAAGGAAAAGUCCUUCGAGCGCGGUAGGCCAAUAUUUGAGCGUUACAACAUGCGCACGCUUGGACGAAUGUGCGGUCUUACGGAUACCAUGCUUCUGACGCUGGGAAAGAGACCACACGAACCUUCAGGACUUCGCACAGCCAUAGAUGCUUGCCGCGUCAUUAAAGACCUUCAUGAAAUUGACCUCAUCCGCCGAGCGAACGUCAUUUCCGGCGAAGCUCACGUCAACGUGAUGAAAGGCCUUCACCGCUUCACCAACGAGGCAGAUGUCGAAGCUGCAUUCAUGCAGACAUGCAUUGCUCGCCACGCAAAGAUACAGGCGUACGAUCCCAUCGCUGGAUCCGGAGCUAACGCUGCCGUUCUUCACUACUCCGAGAACGAAGCAGACUUCGGCGACGGACAAACGAUCGUGCUAGACGCCGGAUGCGAGGUUGAGCGCUAUGCCUCCGAUGUUACAAGAACGAUGCCAAUAAAUCCACGCAAGCCAGGUUACUGGCCCUCGAGAGAGGCCGAGGAAAUUUACAACCUCGUGGAGUCGAUCCAAGAGUCUUGCAUCGGACAGCUCAAACCAGGAAAGGAGUUCCGUGAGGUUUUCUGGCAUGCUCACCACAUGGUGAUCGAUGGAUUGUUGAAGCUGGGGAUUCUCAAAGGUGACCGAGACGACAUCUUCCACACCGGUACAUCGCGUGCUUUCCUCCCACACGGACUUGGUCACCACGUAGGACUCGAAGUACACGAUGUGGAUCCAACCCCUAAUCCAUCACUGUCUACCGAGGAAGACUUUGCUAUCAAUAUGGCUCCAUCCCACAGCGACAUCCAUAAACUCGACGCCCACUUGCUCGAGCGAGACAUGAUCAUCACUGUGGAACCAGGCAUCUACUUCAACGAAUUCUUGAUUGAACACUUCUAUUUGAGCAAGCCCGAGCAUGCUCAGUUCAUCGACAAGAAGGUGCUAAAGCGGUACAUGCAGGUCGGAGGCGUUCGGAUUGAGGACAAUCUGCUCAUUACCAAGGACGGAUGCGAGAAUGUGACCACGGCACCGAAGGGGAAGGCCAUGCUGAGGAUCAUUCGUGAGGCAGCUAGUUCGCAACAUUGA